AUGAAGUUCUCUACCCUCGCCAGCACUCUGCUGCUCUCGAGCCUCGCAGUCGCUGCCCCCCUAACUGAGAAGCGCCGCGCUGCGUACGAGGCUCGUCGAGCUGUUCGCAACCGUCACACCAACCCGCCCUUCAAGACCAAUGUCACCGUGGACGGCCCCAACAACAAGCACGUCGAGUACAGCAGCAACUGGGCCGGCGCCGUGCUCGUCGGCACCGGCUACACCUCUGUGACGGCCGAGUUCGUCGUGCCCACGCCCUCGGCGCCUUCUGGCGGCUCGUCUGGCACGCAGUACUGCGCCUCCGCCUGGGUUGGUCUCGACGGCAACACCUGCACCAGCGCCAUCCUGCAGACUGGCGUCGACUUCUGCGUCCAGGACGGCCAGGUCUCGUACGACGCCUGGUACGAGUGGUAUCCGGACUACGCGUACGACUUCAGCGGCAUCUCCGUCAGCGCCGGCAACACCAUCAAGGUGACCGUCGACGCGACGAGCACGAGCGCCGGCACGGCCACCGUCGAGAACGUCUCCACCGGCCAGACCGUCACGCACAGCUUCAGCGGCGAGUCGGCCCAUCUGUGCGAGUACAACGCCGAGUGGAUCGUCGAGGACUUCUCCGAGGGCAACAGCCUCGUGCCUUUUGCCAACUUUGGCACCGUCACCUUCACUGGCGCCUCGGCCACCGACGGCGGCUCGAGCGUUGGGCCGUCGGGUGCGACCAUCAUCGACAUUGAGCAGAACGGCAAGGUUUUGACCGACGUGUCGGUGUCGGGCGACGAGGUGGUCGUCCAUUACGCAUUACAGUGCAUAUCAUCUGGUUCUCAAUUAGCUACAGUAUACAAGCCCUCAACGACUCGCUCCGCUCGUCCAGGCUUGAAGGGGGAAGACUACCUAGGCUUACUAAUGCCUGUAAAUGCUCCGGACCUUCGGCCCUCCGCAUGCCUGUAA